CCAUUUCUCCAGGAGGGGGGGUGAAGGCCCCCCAAAUAUGCAUAUAUGAAAAGUCCAAAAAGUAACCGUCACUGACAGGGAGUCUUAAGUAGAGAAGCAAACGAGACCAAACUGGCGGGCUCAGCGAAAGCGCCGCCGGCAGCGUCCCGGACGAGGAGGUACAGAGUUCCAAGGCUUUGGGCCGUCCUCUACUACUUUCCCAUGCCACAAGGAGAGAGCUGGAUGGGAGGUGGAAUAGCCGGGACAUGAACCUGUGCCCAAAUGGGAUCCUGAUGCAUGCAAGUUACAGCUCCCUGAGGACUUUUGUUCCUAUGAGUAAAGAUGUCUCUCGUGGACUUGGGGAAGAGGUUGCUAGAAGCAGCCAGAAAAGGCCAAGAUGAUGAAGUGAGAACAUUGAUGGCAAAUGGAGCUCCGUUCACCACAGACUGGCUUGGAACAUCACCCCUCCACCUUGCAGCCCAGUACGGUCAUUAUUCCACAGCAGAAGUGCUGCUUCGAGCGGGCGUAAGCAGGGAUGCCCGGACCAAAGUGGACAGGACCCCCUUGCACAUGGCUGCGGCCGAUGGACAUGCACACAUCGUGGAACUGCUUGUUAGGAAUGGUGCAGAUGUGAAUGCCAAGGACAUGCUGAAGAUGACAGCUCUGCAUUGGGCCACAGAGCACCACCAUCGAGAUGUGGUCGAGUUACUUAUCAAAUACGGAGCUGAUGUGCAUGCAUUCAGCAAGUUUGAUAAAUCCGCCUUUGACAUAGCGUUAGAGAAGGACAACGCCGAGAUUUUGGUUAUCCUCCAGGAAGCAAUGCAGAAUCAGGUGAACCCUGAUUCGGAGAGAGGAAACCCCAUGACUAACCCUGUGACCGUGGCAGCUCCGUUCAUCUUCACAUCAGGGGAGGUUGUUAAUCUUGCCAGCUUGGUUUCAUCAAACAACAGCAAAGCAACCUCAGCCAAUUCAGAGGAAAUUGUGGAGAGAAAUGCUGUUGACUCAUCAAUCCAGCCAGUGGUGGGGAGCGGUGGCGAGCGGGUCAUCGCCAUAGUGACUGACGGAGUCCCUCUGGGUAGUAUAAGAACUGCAAUCCCGACUGGAAGCAUUGGCCAGCCAUUUAUUGUAACAAUGCAGGAUGGACAGCAAGUUCUGACUGUGCCUGCUGGUCACGUGGUGGGGGAGACUGUGAUUGAAGAGGAGGAGGAGGAAGAAAAAGAGAAGCUGCCGUUAACAAAGAAACCAAAGAUCGAAGAGCUGACAGACAGUGUAGAGGACAGUAAGGAAGGCCGUGAGAGGGAGCUCCUGCAACAGCGGCUCCAGGAGGCCCACCGGCGAGCCCAGGAGUACCGACAGCAGCUUCUGCAGAAGGAGCAGGAGGCCGAGCAGUACCGGCUGCAGCUGGAGGCCAUAGCCCGGCAGCAGCCCAACGGAGUCGAUUCCCCCGUGGUCGAGGAGGUGGCUGAGGUGGAUGCUGUGGUCGUCAAUGAAGGCGAGGUCAAUGAAAGAGAAGCCCAAGUGACGAGGGUGGGAAAGACAGAGUCACAGCCUGCAAUGUCCUUGGAAACUGUUUCAUCUUAAUAUGCAGAUACACAGUUUGCACUGCAUUCAUCUUUUUACUCCGUUUUUAAGAAGAAAAAACAGAGGACAAAUAUAUAAAAAUUAAGAAUGUCCUUAGGAAGAAACUACAAUAGGGCACAAUUCUUGGUCUCAGGAAGGCUCUCUAUGCAACUGGAAUUCCAAGCCAUAUUUAGGGAACACUUCCUCAGUGAAUAAGGACCAAAUCCCAGCACACCCUGCUGCCUUAAGUGUAGACAUAAAGCCUGCUACAUGCCAUAGGUAGUUUUUUGUUUGUUUCUAAAUAACUGAUUUUCUAUCAAAAGAUUUUACACUCCUAAAUACACACAUACCGUCAAGUGACCUGAAAAUGUGCCUUAUGCUUAGGACGUGUGUCUGUUGGAGAGAUUACUGGGGAAGAAGAUGACAAGGAAGCUUUGGGCAAGAGGAAAGGCAUGCAUUCCACUGCCAAGGGGCAGGCAUUCCUCAUUCCUCUGAGUUCAUCUCACUGAAAAGAAAUUUGUGAUUGCCUGAAAAAUGUGUAUCAGUGUGUGUCCAAUGCCUCAGGUGCCAUUUUAAGACACUAAAAGUUUUUUAAAAGCUACAAGGGAAGAUCGCGUGUUUGUGUGGGAGAAGUGUCUCUAAAAUUCAGGUCCUGCAGGCUGUUUCCAGUGCUGGAAAGUGGCCAGAACGAGUCUGGUGGGACAGUCAUACAAAUUUUGCUCUGAGUGUGUUUUAUAAAGUCAGAAUCAUAAGGGUGAUCUGUUGUUAGGACAACUUGCUUCCAGACGUUGAUUUACGUAAUAUCACGCUUAACAUCUUCCAUUUUGUAAGUCUUUGUCGGGUUUUCACAGUGUCCUUCCUGGCAUGUGUGUGUGUUUUUGGGGAGUACUGUCUUUUAAUGCAGUGUUUUCUGAAUGUGGAAAGGAUGACCGGAGUGGGGACCUGAGGGCUGAAGUGGGGUGGACACUAAUGAUGUUGGCUAAUUUUGUUUCCAUUUGAUUUAGGAUGAGCGAUUGCUGCUUGUCUUUGAGCUUGCGCCCAGCACAGGGCGCCUGGUGUGUGUGCCCUGUGCAUGUUGACCAGUGCCAUGAAGUAGGGAACCACGGACCCGGGCCACUGUGCCCACCUCCUCCCUCUAGCAGUCUGCCUGCUCUCUUGGUCCACAGAGUUUGGAAAACAUUUCGUUGCUUCAUUUUCCGUUAGCAUGGAGGUUUUCUCAAAGAAAAGGGAUAUGGUUUGGAGAGAGGUUGUGGAAAGGCUGUUGCUUUUGACAUUGGUUCCUCAUCAAUCUAAACUUGCUUGCUUCCUUUGUUGAAAGAAACCCCCAAGAACUGUGCCAAGUAAACAUUUGAGUGACUGUUUAGAAUAUGGUUUUCUUAAUUGGUGAUCAUGAGGAAAACAUGCAUUUUUAAUUUGGAAGAAAGAAGUGACAGUUACCAUGGUUCCGUUUACCUUGAUUAGCGGAGUGAUUUGCUGGAGUGUUCCAGAGGUGCAGAAUCAUUGCAGGUUCUGAAUAGACUGAAAACACAACUAAUUCCUAAAA